AAUUACGAUUGUAUGCCGAGAGCGAUGUUUUGAGAUGAUUAUACCUGGUACCGGCGGCGGUUCGAGCAUUCCGCUCAGAUUUGCAAUUCACGCGCGGGCGUGCCCUUCUUCCGACCGACGUGACAGAAUUUGAGCGAUUCCCCCGAUUUCAAGGACCGAAUAUAGAAAGCAAAAAGGACAUACACCAUGGCGCAAACGCAGCCGCAGCAGUUUUCCCAGUCGUUCUCCCCGCCGGGGUCUUCACCCUCGCCGGGAGCUCCAUCGCCAGUGAAUGGAGGUGGCGUCCCUCCACCCCCCAAACGACAGCGUCUUUCGCCUCUCCCUCAGUCUCCCUACGCCUCACCCAGCUUUGGGACCCUUCAACUUCCCCAAAAUAUUCCUCAGAACCUCCCACAAAAUCAGAUCGCCGCCUCCGCCAAUGCCAUUAAUGUGAACGGACUGCCUCAGACACCUGUACAGGCACCGGCACCGGCACCUCCCGGAGCAAUGGGGCCACCGUCUCGACCUGCGGAUAAGGCUACGGAUGCUGCGGAGUUGACGGAUGUUUUGGCCUCGUCGGGUAUCGAUGUGAGGGAAGAAGAGGCCUUCCUCACCAGCAGCUAUUCUGGUCCAGGUGUGCAGGUCCAGCAGCCACCACGACCUCAACCACAGCAGCAUCACCAUCAGCCUCCUCUACCGCAGCAGCAGCCGCAACCUCCCAUCAACACAUCCUUCACAUCUCAAACCUCGACCGGAACGGUAUCGUCUCAGCCUAGCUUCAGCGAACCGUCACAGCUCAAGCCGCCCACGGCCCAAGGAUCUCCUCUCACCGAAUCAUCAACUCAGCCUCCAGCGCCCUUCAAAGACCCAAAUGAACCGACCCGAGAAGAUAGCGAGGCGGCUCGCCGGGCACAAUACCAUCUACAGGAACCGUUUCUCUUGACGAAGGUCUUGGAACAGAAACUGCAGAGACGGGGGUUUGAGCUGGGGGUCCGCAUACCGGCCGAAGGCUUGUUCCAUCCGGUGCCGGGCCGUCAAGCGCCGAUCGAAGUGACCGGACCCGACGGCUCAUCCAUCGUGCGCACAGGUCAAACUAUUCUCAACCAGGAAGGCGCUCCGUUGGUGGACAUCUUGAAUCUGAUGUCGCUAUCAUGCGAAGAGCGACUGCGAACCGUGGUUGACUACUCCUCCACACUCGCGCGGAGCCGUCGCGAACAUUCCCACGGAGAUGUUCCUCACAUCUGACACAGGAUCCCAAUCGGCGGCCGACCAACCGGGACCCAAAAGUCUUCCGGAGAAAUACCGUCUGCUCAUGGACAAAGACAACUCCAGCGAGGAAAGCCGUGCGGCCAAACGUGCCAAGCGCGGUGCCAAUGCCAUUCUGGGCG